AUGUCGACAAAGACUGCACUCCUGAUCGGUGCGACAGGCAACGUUGGCUCGCAUCUCCUUCGUGAGCUCCUUGCCUCCCCCCACUUCAGCAAAGUCGGGGAGUUCGGUCGGCACGUCACACCUGCGGACAAGGUGCCUACUGAGGGGAAGGCUAAGCUCGAGCAGCACACGAUCGACUUUGAGAACUUGGGUCAAGCAGGGCUUGAGAAGGAGAAAUGGGAUGUCGUAUUCGUGACGCUGGGAACGACACGGCAGGCUGCAGGAAGCGCGGAGAAAUUCACAAAGAUUGAUAAGGACUACGUUGUAGACGCAGCUAAACACGCUUUUGACCCUUCAAAGCAGCAGCGAAUGGUGUAUCUCUCGUCUGAGGGUGCCAACGCGAAGUCCUCGUUCCUCUAUCUCCGUUCGAAAGGCGAAACUGAACUCGCACUCGCCCAAAUGGGUUACGCAGAAACCAUUGUGUUUCGUCCUGGAUUCCUACAAGGAGCGACACGGUCCACACCAAGAUACGCAGAAGCGGUUUUGGCGGCCUUGGUGCCUGCGCUGAGGUUGGUGUGGAGCGGGGCGGGAAUGCAUAUCAAGGACGUCGCCAAAGCGAUGCGAAUCGCUGGCGAUGUUGGUGCUGCGAACCUUCCCAAACAGGUCGGCGCAACAAAGGUUGAUGGUUUCACCUUGAUCAGUAAUCAGGGUGCCACCGUCUUGUCCAAAACAGACCUACGUUUACCGUUCGUUGUUCGUUGGUCCUGGGAUGGCACCCGAGCUGAUGCCCGGCUUUCUCCAUACACUGGUAUCUUAACCGUCGAUGGUCAAGAGAUUGCUAGCCGAUUGCUCGUCCCGACGAGUCAUCCCGUGAUCAUCGAUCAAUGCAUCGUAACACCAGACAACAGGGCGUUUCGUGCUCCGUUCGCCUUUCAAGAUCUACAGCCCACAGAUGAUCCGACGAAGCUCGGCGUGAUCGAGUUCUGCGCGUUUUCGCUGUCAGAGAGCGCUUUACAAGAGUUCAAGUAUCCCGGAAAAGUCGUCGAUAACUCCAAGCAGAAAAAACCUGAUAAGGAAGCAUCUGAUAAGCAAACAGCUGAUAAAGAAGCAACAUCUGGCGGAGAACAAGUUGCUGAUAAGACAGGAACAACUGACUCGCAAGCUGCCGGUGAAGAAGGAAAGACUGCUGAGGCAGAUGCAAUUGCUGGAGACGGGAACACCGCCGAGAACGGAGCAGCUGGGGAGCAAAGCGGGUCAAAGUUGUCAGAGCUAGAAGAAGAAGAACCGGACCAGGCAGAACUCAUCUUUCCAUUCGGGCUUUGCCAGCCUUCGAUAGAGGAUUACGACCGCCUGAACGAGAUGGAUGAAAAUAAAAUCGAGCUGCUGUGGACUUUUCACUAUGGAUCGCGUGACAUUAUGCGGCAUUUUUUCCAGCAACAGAAACAACAGCAAGCGAAGGCUGUAAAAAAGGCUGAGGGCGCCUUGCACUCAAAGAGGCUGGCAUUGGAUGAAACAGACGUUAUCCUGAGAAACAUAGAUACUGCGUAUCCAGAUCCGUCGAAAAAGCGCAGGAUCAUCUGAAGUAUGCGGACUUGACGAUCACGACCACGGACGUGCGGACAUCCGAAGUCGGUGUAGGAGUCAUUUUUAUCUUGUUUAUUAUCUAUCCUGCUUGUAUGAGGUUGUCGAGCUCUCGUUGACGCUCAUACAUUGGGUGAAAUCACGUGAC